AUGUCUCCGAGUUCGGAGUCAAACAUCUUUAUCUACGCUGACUUCGACCUUGAAGCAGUAUGUCGUCGGGCGAGCACGCUACGACAGGGUAUCUCCUGUACUUGUGAUCCCGGUCAACGCCCUGCCUCAGGAAGCUUCAACUGGGCUAUAUUUAUCCUUUUCGAAGAUGGCAUACAAUGGGUUUUCAGAUCGCCACACCCGAGGACAUUUAUGCCUCUUGAUGUUGGGGUAAAGCUACUAGCAAGCGAAGCGGCUACACUCCGAUACCUCAAAGCCCAUAGCGAUAUACCGGUCCCGGAAGUAUAUGACUACUGUGCGUCGUCCGAUAAUGACAUUAAAGUUCCGUUCAUCCUUAUGAGCCAAGCGCCUGGCUGGCCACUAUCAAAAGUCUGGGUGUCAGCCGGCUCUCCCCUACCUAACCUAGAUCCUUCCAAAAAGGCCAAGAUCAUGACCCAGCUAGGCGGUAUCACCUGGAAGCUCUCGCAGUUACGACUUGAUCAAAUUGGCUCACUCUAUGAUGACGAUGGAGCUUUCAAGAUCGAGGAAUGCCUCUGGCGCUGCUAUAUGCUACGUGAACGAUUUCUGUUAGAGGGUCAGCGCGGCCCCUUCACUACCGACGCAGACUUUUACGAAAGCCUCGUUUCCAAAUUUCUGGAACAAGCAGAGUGUCUGCGGUUAUCACAUCAUUGUUUUGUGGCCCCAGUUCCUUCGAGAGAUGACUACCAAUCCGACAAGCAGUAUAGGCAGGCUGUGGAUCUGUGGAAUGACUUUGUCACUGUCGGCAACAAAAUCGACUCUGCGGAUAACAGGCUGGAUUACAUCGUUGCAGGUGAUGCUCUCCGCGACAUUGUACGCAAAUUUGAACUCCCAACUCCAAACCCGGGGACAUUCCCGCUAUGUCACGCUGAUCUUAGUGUCAAUAAUAUCUAUGUCGACGAUGACUACAAUAUUACUUGUAUCAUCGACUGGGCGUUCACAUCAUCUGUUCCUGAAUCCAUGCUGUUAUCCCCACCUAGCUUGCCGCAAUACGGCGACAAGAUAAGCCCAGUAUUACACACAGCCUUCAUCGAUGGCUUCCAGGCAGCUAUUCCCGAAUCUACUGAAGAGAGUACGGUGCGCAGGUACCACGAAUCCCUCAAACAAGGCAGUUUUCACUGGAACUUGAGUCGACUCCUCGGUCUGGACUCUAUCGGUGAUUACAAUCUCUUUGCUGCAGUUUGGCAAUCUACCUAUGGUCCCGAAAAGGAUAUAGGAGAGUUCUUCUCGCAACAACGUCGCUCACCUCACUACCUCCGGCUUUAUGACGAGGUUCGUAAGGAAGAUCGCCCACUUUGGAAAGUUGAAAGAGAUGAGGAGGACUAUUUUCGGAACAAGGUGUUUAAACACACCAUAGCUAAGAAAUUGACACUCAUUUCCGAGUGGAAAGCAAAGUAUACAGCUGACAGCCCGCGGAGGACUCGGCAAGAUAUGUUCGUUGCUUCUCCGAAUUUGUGGAAGUGGAUUCUGCGGUUCAUGGAGAACUGGAAGGAGAUGCUUGAUGCCGAUGCCGAGGUCAAAAAAAGAAUUCCUUAG